AUGCGAUAUAAUUUAAUUGAACCAGGUGAUAAUGAAGAUAUUACCAAUGAACGGCGAGGCUCAUCAUUUUCGGUUGGCAAAAUGGCUGCAUUUAUACAUGGUGGUGAAGAAAAGCUUCGUAGAAGACAUGAAAUAUUGAAAUUUGUAGAAUCUCAAAAAGAUUUUCAAGAUCCGAUACCGCCUGAAUUCAUGAGUCGAAAGGAACGAGUUGAGAAUAAUGCACGGAAGAUCGUAGCAAUGACCGAUAAAAUAGCAUUUAUUGAUCAAUCGGAUAUGUUCGAAGAAGGAUUACUUUUUCAAAGUUUGAUAAUGGGACGUGACUUCCAUGCAAUGUCGCUACAUUAUGCAAUGUUCAUACCAACUAUUCAAGGGCAAGCAGAUGAUGAUCAAUUGGACUAUUGGCUUCCCUUAGCUGUUACUCGUGGCAUCAUUGGAACUUAUGCACAAACUGAGCUUGGACAUGGUACUAAUAUUUCAAAGUUGGAAACAACAGCAACAUAUGAUGAGAAAACAGAAGAAUUUGUGCUACAUACACCAUCAGUUUCGGCAACAAAAUGGUGGUCAGGUGGCCUUGGAAAAUCAUCAAAUUAUGCAAUAAUUCCUGCACAACUUAUCAUUAAUGGAAAUAAUAAGGGCUUACACAUGUUCAUUGUUCAGCUUAGGGAUCUCGACACUCAUAUGCCCUUGCCUGGCAUCACAAUUGGAGAUAUUGGUCCUAAAAUGGGUAUUCCUGGCAAUGACAAUGGUUUUCUUAUAUUUAACAACUAUCGCAUUCCCCGUAAAAAUAUGUUCAUGCGUUAUUCACAAGUUUUAUCAAAUGGUGAAUAUAUUGCACCGAAACAUUCCAAAUUACGUUAUGGUACGAUGGUAUUUGUGCGAUCAAUUAUGGUACGAGAUCAAGCUAUGCAACUGGCUGCAGCAGUUACAAUUGCUAUACGUUAUUCUUCUAUUAGAAGACAGGGAGAAUGGAAACCUGGUUUGAAAGAAGUUCAGAUACUUGAUUAUCGGACGCAACAGUAUCGAAUUCUACCUUGCCUUGCUCAGUCAUUUGUAUUUUUAUUUGCCGCUACAGAAGUGAAGAAUUUAUAUAUGAAGGUCAACAAACAACUUUCGCAUGGUAUUACUGAAUUGUUGCAAGAAUUACAUAUUCUUUCUUCAGGUUUCAAAGCUGUUGUCACAUGGGAAGUUGCAAAGGGUAUCGAACAGUGUCGAUUAGCAUGUGGUGGACAUGGCUAUUCACAUGCAUCCGGUUUUCCGGAAAUUUAUUCUUUCGCUGUUGCUGGUUGUACAUACGAAGGGGAAAAUAUCGUUAUGCUACUUCAAGUUGCACGCUUUUUAAUGAAAACAGUCAAAGAAAUACAUUCUAAUAGUGCUCAUCUAGCAACAAUUGCCAAAUAUUUGCUUGAUGCUAGAAGAUAUAAAUCUAGUUUUCAAAGGUGGCAAACAGUUGAAUAUGAGGAUUUGGUUGGUGAUUUCGAACAAGCUGCUAGAAACCAGAUAUAUUCAACAUAUAAUUAUCUGCAACAACUUCAAAAAGAUAAUCAUUCUGCUGAAGAGGCGUGGAACUGUGCUUCGGUUGAACUAUGUAAAGCAAGUCGAUUACACAUUCUUUGUUUUAUGGCAAAAAGUUAUUUAUCACGAAUAUCACAGUGUAGUGAACCAGAAAUUUCACGAAUAUUAAAUCUGAUUGGCAAACUUUAUAUGCUUCAUGAGAUUUCUGCUCAUUGUUACGCUUUUAGAAUGGCGAAUUAUAUGUCAGAUGAACAAAUGAGAAGUGUAAAAUGUGGUAUCUAUGAAAUAUUGGGGAAUUUACGUCCAGAUGCUGUAGCUAUAGUAGAUUCAUUUGAUUUUUCGGAUCGUGAACUUCAUUCUGUCCUUGGUCGACGUGACGGUAACGUUUAUGCGGCAAUGCUUGAGUGGGCAAAAUAUUCGGAAUUGAAUAAGACUGAAGUACUGUCAACAUUCAAGAACUAUUUGGGACCUAUGAUGGAGGAUGGUCGAUCAAAAAUUUAA